UAGAGAUCCCCCCUCCCCCUCCCCCUUCCCUUCCUCAACCUGCUUUUCCAAUUCAGUGAGAAGAAGGUCGUCCAGCCGGAGGUGUGGGCUGCGUUGCUCCUCGGAAAGAGAGAAAAAAAAGGAGAAAAGGGCUUCAGGAAACAAGCUGCAAUGACCCGUGGAAAUCAGCGCGAACUUGCACGAGCAAAAAAUGCGAAGAAGCAAAUUGAGAGUAAGAAAGGGCAAGGUGCAGGUGCAAAGGAUGGCAACAAGGGCAUGACUCUGGAAGCUCGAAAACAAAGAGAUGCGGAAAUGAUGAGACUUAAGCAACAGAAAGCAGCAGAGAAAAAGGAUGGAGGCAAAGCAGGAAAGUAAUAGAACAGCAGAAAAAGGAGAACAGCUGAUGGUGUUGUAGUAUUCACCUGUUUAGGGUAUUAUAUAAUAAUACACCAAGUUUUCAAUAGUGUGCUAUUUUGUUCAGCAUUUUAUAGGUUUCUUUUACUGUUCUUGUAACCAAAAAAAAAAAAUAAAAAAUAGAA